GUCCCCGACUCCCACACACCGUUCACAUUCACUCACAUUCCUCAGAAAGCAAUUCUUCACCACAGAUUACCUUUAUCACCACGAGACCAUACAUCACCCUACACACUCGUCUAUCACUCAAAAUGGAUAACCCACUUGACCCUAUGACUAUGGAUGCGGAGCUGCGACAUUUCGAUGACCUGCUCCGCGAGACCGAUGGUCUUGAAGAGUUGCCUGGGCCGGAUCCCAACGAGUCUGACAGAGACUCUGUCACACCGCCCAUCAGACCCCCAAGCCCCUAUUCCGAUCCUAACAUGAUAUUUUUCCAAGACACCUAUCGCCCUACCACGAAUUGGGAGGUCUUUAAUGCCGGCCGGGUUGACCCGGACCUGGACACGAAGCCUUGGCCUGAUCCUGAUCCUAAUCCUGAGCCAGAGCCAGAUCCGUAUCAGUAUGUGGACAUGAAGAUGCGGGAGUUUCAGCUGGCGGUGGGCUCCGGACGGAAGCCAAAGGAUGAGCCAGAGCCUAGACUUGGUGUGUCCGGCUUUACACGCAGCCGCCGUGAAAGCUUGGGACCAAAGGGGUGCCUCAAGGCCCCAGACCAACGUCUACAAAAUGCCUCCUCAUCUGCGGCCUCAGACGAUGAGACAGACGAGGAGGAUGCAAAGCAACAUCAUACCCAGAAGAGGGCGGCCCUUCUUGCGUUCAAAUUGCACCAGAGAAACCCGGAAACACUUCUGGGGAUGAGGAAUAAGCGAAUCCUUCUGCCUAGUGGACCACGUCGUGCCGUACGGCCGAUUACUGGCGCCGAAUCCAAGUUCUUUGAAGGCUGCUGGGAGGAGGUCGAAAAUGAGAGAACCGUAGAGGCGCGUACGAACUGGGCAUGCACACACAAGACCCAUCAGAGGUCCGAGGACGAGGAAAACGAGCGCAUGAUACAGUCUAUGGCGACGGCUCAUCAGUCAGAUCUUGUCACCAAGGCCACAUCGAGAUCUCAAAAGUCUAAAGAAGAGCAUGCCAAGUGGGCCAAGGCGUAUAAGGAUGCCAAGGAUGCCGAAAAGAGGCAGAAUUGGGAGCAGCGCCAGGCUGAGACGGGAGAUGAGCAUGUGCAGUCUGAGUUUGUCGAUCUGAGUGUUCAACCAAACGAGCAGUAGAGAUGCAGCGAAAGAAGGUGAUACAAUCUUUCUCAUCUAUGCGCUGUUGAGUGGCAUUUACAGGCAGAUACUCAAGAGCGACAUAGCGUGGAUCAUCUGUUGUUGUCUGGUUUGUUUCAUGUGGCACGUCGACCCGUCAGGUCACCGUUUGCUCACCAAGUAAUUAGAACAAACUAACAAACAAUCAGCGAUUCAC